AUUUACUCGUACUCAAAAAAAGAAAAAAGCUUUAUUUAUCUUAUGUGUAGGGGUGUUUUGCCUGCAUGCAUGCCUGUGUAACGCAUGUAUGCCUGGUGCCCACAGAAGCUAGGAGAGGGUGUCAGAUCCCCUGAAGCUGGAGUUAGGGUAGUUAUGACCCACCAUGUAGAUGCUAGGGAAUUCAACCAGUCCUCUACAAGAGAAGCAAGUGCUCUUGACCACUGGUCCAUUGGUCCAGCCCCAUUCAUCUGUCUUUCUUCUUCUUCCUCCUCCUCCUCUUCUUGAGACCAGCUCUCCCUGUGUAACCCUUGCUGGUCUGCAACCCACUGUGUAGACCAGGAUGGCACAAACUCAGAGUUUGUCUACCAUCUGCCUCAGGAGCAGGUUAAAGGUGUGGGCCACUGAACUUGGCAAGAAAAGGAAAAUAUUUUUAGAGAAAAGUUUAAGAAAAGGGGGAGUAGGUUUGGUGGUGAGGCCUUACAAUUAUAGAGAAGACAGCCAGGGAAGGGCUCAGAAAUGUGGCCACCUUUAAGCAGAUACCUGAAGGGCAUACAGAAGUGUGCAUCAUUCUCAGACGGAGGGACAGCAAGCCUGAGGCCCUGAGUUGUGAGGGCCUGUGUGGCUGAGUCAGAGUGAGGGAGAAGAGGGGAGAGAGACAGUGGGCAGACAGUGUGGAACCUUACAGCCCCCAGAGAGGAUUCUGCCUGUAGCUUGAGAGCAGGGAGUCAGGGGUUCUGAGCUGCACAGGACAGCACCUGACCACAUUCCCCCUACAAGGAAGGAAGCACAGAGCCAGGAGAUGGCGGUGGUGCAGUCGAGAGCCAAUGAGACCUAAGGUUCAAAGAUCAUCUCUGACAGGCCAUCAGAGCAGCCACCAAACGAGGUACCCCAGUAGAAGCCUAGAAUGGGGAGAAGGUUCCUAGGAGCUAGGUGAUGACAGCGACAUGUUGCUGGUGACUCCAGUAAAGUAGGAACUACAGGCUUUGAAUCACGGCAGUCAUCGAUGACCUUGACAUUACAGCGUGUUUAGAAAAGGUUCACCACCUGGGCAUGGUGAUACAAACCUGUAACACCAGCAAGUGGGAGGUGAAGGCUGGUGGAGUUCAUGGUCAGCCUUGGCUACAUAGCAAGUUUGAGAGUAGCCUGGGCUACAUGAAACCCCUUCUUGGGGGGAAGAAAAGGAAGGAAGGAAAUUGAAAGAUUCAAGAGGGGCUGGAGAAAUGCCUGCCGUUAAGAGCACUGACUGCUCUUCCAGAGGUCCUGAGUUCAAAUCGCAACAAGUACAUGGUGGCUCACAACCAUCUGUAAUGGUAUCUGAUGCCCUCUUCCGGUGUGUCUGACAGCUACAAUGUACUCAUAUAAAUUAAAAUAAAUCUUUCUAAAAAAGCAAAGAGUCAAGAGAUACUGAUGGCAGAAACCACAGAUGUAGGUAUUUAUGGACUUUUUAUUCUUGGAUCUUGAUUUUAGAGCCUUUCCUAGGCUGAUCUAGAACUUAGAAUGUUCUGGAAUCAUGGGUACAUGUACUACUGUGCACGCACGGCUAAGUGGGAUGAGGAGCAAAUUUUACUAUAAAGAGGCAAAGGAGUCAGGUGUGGCCUGGCUCAUUUGUAGAGCCACUACCCAGAAUUCACCAGUGCGGGUGUGAGGUGCAGCUCAAUGAUAGACUAAUUGGCUAGCACACAGGCCCCGAAUUACACCCUCAGUACUGUGGGAGUUGGGGGUGUGGAGAGAGAGAAAGGAGAAAGGAAGAGUAGCCAGACAUGAAACAGUCUCUAAGUGCAGCGUUCAUGUAAAGGAAGGCUACAUUCAAGGAAGGCCAAUGGAGGGCAGUCUCUAGUUCAAGAAACCACGUAGCUCCAAGUCCACUUACAGACUGGAGUAGCUAAAAGGUUAGAAAACAGGAAAGCAGGCUGGAGAGAUGGCUCAGUGGUUAAGGGCACUGACUGUUCUUCCAGAGGUCCUGAGUUCAAUUCCCAGCAACCACAUGGUGGCUCACAACCAUCUAUAAUGAGAUCUGAUGCCCUCUUCUGGUGUGUCUGAAGACAGCUACAGUGUACUUAUAUAUAAUAAAUAAAUCUUUUAAAAAAACAAACAAACAGGAAAAGGGACUAAAGGAUUUCCCUUUUGGCCAGCAGUUAACCAUUGCUAGGGCUAACCAGUGAGUACUCAGUUUAAAAGAAUCAGGUGAUCCAAAAAAACUAUCUCGUGGCCAGUCAUUAGGGAUGGAUUGGAAUGCCAAUGGGGAAGUCAAGAAUCAGGAAAAACAGCUGGGUAUGGUGGCUCACACCAUGAAUCCUGAAGCAGAGGCAGGUGAGUUCAAGGCCAAUCUGUUCUACAUAAGGUGUUCCAGGUCAGCUAGCACCUAUAGUGAGACUCUGUCACAAAAACAGAACAAAGCAGAAACCACAAAACAAACAAAAAACAAAAUAAACCGAAAUGGUUCUAGGGACCAUAUGACUUCAGUUUGGGGAAUUGUUUGACAAGAUGGGGGAGCCUUAUAAAAAUGGGAUGGCCGUGGCUAACACUUGGGAGGCAGAGGGGGACGCUGGGUUUAAGGACAAUAGCCUAGACAUCACAGGGAAGAGGAAGGGAGAAAGGGAAGGAAGAAGGAAGGGAGGGAGGGAGGAAGAUGGGAGGAGAGAAAGAGGAAAGAAUAAAUGAGAAUCUGAUUCCCAGGUAGCGCUGAAGAGAGAGUGAUGGGGUGGGGCUUGUAGGUGGAUAUUUUUCAAAACCUACUUUGCUAAGGGUUCUUAAACACUUUAACUUCCCCUCUAGCCCACCGCCCGCCAGAGGUAGUGGAAAGGAAGGAUUAACAGGGCAAAGGAGGAUGUGGGCUGUUUAGAAGCAGUUCUCUGGGGCGAUUCCCAUCUUCUUUGUCAGGAUAUCAGCAGUUCAGUUCACAGGAAUCAUCGCUAGCUUAACCCACUUGCAAACACCACUCUCGAAUCAGCAAUGGCAGUUUGAUUCAGAAGAAACCACCAGGCUCUGUCAACUGGACUCAAGUCCAAGGAAAGGGCAAGAAGUCCCCAGAACACCAUCAGAGUCCUUUGGUGCGUUUCUCUCUAUGAAGUCGUGACAAAGGAUGAUCAGCAAAGAGUGGCAGCAUGCUGAACCAAUGCCCAUCAUCGUCAAUGAAGACCAGCAAAGAGUGGCAAGGCAGCUUCCAGAAAAACAUGUCUGUCUUCAGUCAAACAGCCUCCCACAUGUCUGCUUCAGCAGAAACAUCUUCUCGUAAGACAGUUUCCAGAAAAACAUCACAUGACACAACCGAAUCUCCAGAUAAACCAGAAGUUUCCACUUCAGGGACUUAACUUCAGAGAGACGUGAGGCUGCCAAGUAAGACUGUAUUGUUCCUGUGGGUAUAGGCACAGAGGAACUCAGAGCUGGAAUUCAAACUACACUAGGUGUGAGAAGAAGCUAAGGGGUCGAGAGUGCAUGCAAGACUUUUAAUGGUCAGCCAUGGACUUGAAGCUGAAAGGGUGUAGGAACAUAGGAUUGGUGACCAAAGUGACCUGGAAGGGUCGUAGGUCUCCAAGACACCAGAGAAAGUGAAGGAGAAAAGGAAAUGAUGGGCCCUGGGUCAGAAUAUGGUAGGCGGUGGACUCACCCCCACUCUGUAACAGAUCUUCAGAAGGGGGCCUGGUGGAGGGUAGAGACGGAAUGAUCUGGGUGCUCAGAGGAGCAAGGACGCUACUACUGGUCUGGAAGGAGCAAGAGAGGACAUAAGAGGAGACUUGGAUUCUAAAAUAAGUUCAGGAAGAAAGUGACGAGAUAUAUAGUAAAUUCCAAGGCCCAAGUGGAUGGCACAAGUCUGAACAGUAUGGUUUUCCCCUCAUUGUUGUUUGUAAAAGGUCUAUGUGGGACAGGCUAAACUCAAAUUCUCCUGCCUCUGCUCCAGAGUGCUGUCAUUACAGGCAGGCAUGCACUCCACCACACCCUGCUGGGACUAUAUUAGACUUGGAGGGGGUCUUUGGCCCCGGAGGAACAGGUGUGCUCUAUAUCCUUGUCUGCUGCCAGGCAUCCUGACUAGGUCUGUGACCUUGGGAGGCUGACGCACCGACUCCACUUCACCCAGAGGACACCGGCGUCAGGACAUGGGAGCCCAGCCCUCGCGACGGCGGAUGACCGAAGCUCAGCACAUGGCUUUGGCCGAGCUGCCCCCGGAGUUGCUGCUGCAGGUGCUGAGCCAUGUGCCUCCUCGCGCGUUAGUGACCCGCUGCCGGCCGGUGUGCCGCGCCUGGCGCGACCUAGUAGAUGGCCCAAGCGUAUGGCUGCUGCAACUGGCUCGCGACCGCAGCGCGGAGGGCAGAGCCCUCUACGCCUUGGCCCAGAGCUGCCCGGCCGACCGCAACGGCCACGACGACUUCCCACUCUGUGCUCUGGCCCGCUUCUGCCUGCUAGCGCCGCUUGGCCGCAACCUCAUCUACAACUCCUGCGGAGAACAGGGCUUCAGAGGUUGGGAAGUGGAACAUGGCGGGAACGGCUGGGCUGUGGAAAAGAAUCUGACGAUGGUGCCAGGGGCUCCUUCUCAAACCUGCUUCGUGACUUCUUUUGAGUGGUGCUUCAAGAGGCAGCUUGUAGACCUGGUGAAGGAAGGAGUGUGGCAGGAGCUGCUGGACAGUGCCCAGAUUGAGAUCUACAUAGCUGACUGGUGGGGCGCCCGUGAGAACUGCGGCUGCAUCUACAGGCUUCGGGUCCGCCUACUGGACGAACAUGAAAACGAAGUGGUCAAGUUCUCUGCCUCACCCAACCCAGUCCUUCAGUGGACUGAGAGGAGCUGCCGACAAGUCUCUCACGUCUUCACUGACUUUGGCAAGGGCAUCCGCUAUGUGUCCUUUGAGCAGUAUGGAAGAGACACUCGUUCCUGGGUGGGACACUAUGGUGCCCUCGUGACCCACUCCACUGUGCGGGUCAGGAUCCGUCUGUCCUAGCUGACUGGCUUGACACACUGCCUUCUCCUGGAUGGAAUUAAAACCAAAGGUGGUUUUGCAGUCCCCAGCUGACAGCUAUCUGGGGGGAAAAGGAGAUCCUGGGUGGCCCUCCUGCUGGGACAAACCAGGGACUACCAGCUUGUUCAGAGCCUCCGUCUCUCAAGCAGGGACUACCAUGAGGUGACGCAGUCAUCUCUAGGUUGCUAAGCCUGAGACCCACUUCAUGUGUGGAUCCCAGGGGGUAAACUGUUCAAAACAGCAGACCGAGCCGGACCUGACAGCACACACUUCUAGUCCCAGCAUUCUAGGUAGAUGCAGGAGGGUUGGGAGUUCAAAGUCAUCCUCAGCUACAUGAGAGCCUGUCAAAAACAAAACAAAAAAACAAACAAAAACAUCCAACAAACCAAGCUUGGAAUUAUAACAAAAGGCUACUUAAAAGAAUACAGUGACAAAAUUUUUUAA